GCGCAUGUCCGAAUUUCAUGCCGUCGAGUUUGAAAACACAGCGAAGUGUCAAACGAGUCUCUUUGCGACUGUUGCAAGUGUAGAACAAGAAUAAUGGCAAGAGGAAGAAGUCGGUGAUGUAUAGUGUAUGAAGAGAGAGAAGUAAUAUUGUGUAGGAAUCAAAAUCUCAAUGGAAGAAGAAACUGAUCGCUUUGUCCCCAUAGCUCAAGAAAGGGGAGAUAACUCACCAAUGUCACAACCGGACCUAGACACAUAUGAUCAAGAUUUCCAAGCAAGUCAAAGACGACAAAGUCCGUACAAUGAAUAUUCAGAAAAUAAGGAAAAUAUUCCUGACUUCAAGGCAAACUUUGACUCUGUCGAAGCAUUAAGAACUGUGAUACGAAGAGAUGGAAGUCCAGUUCUUAGCAGCGAGCGGAAGAGGAUGCUUGAAUAUGUCCCAGACGAUAGCGAGGAAUUGUUUACUCCUGCUAAAGCUCUUAAUUUCACAGAUGCUGAUGAAACUGGAACCGAUAUUGGUUAUGAUGAUCAACCAGGACAAGAUAUUUCUGUGGAAAGAUACAUGGAACCUAAUGGUACAGAUUUGAUGAAUUUUGGUUCUCUUGGGUCCGGAAGCCAGAGGAUCAUAGAAGGUCAUGAUUCCUCGCCGCUGGACCAACGGGUUGUUGUCACGGUGCCUCCUGAUCAGGUCCCUGCGUCAUCAGCCUAUGCUUCAUCAGUUCACAUGUCAUCAGUCAGUGUGUCACCGGGGGCCUCUCACCUACGUAAACUGUCUGUGGAGUCUCAGGACAUUUCACCCCAUUUAUACGACAGCCUCGAUGAGAAAGAGGAACAAGUUUCUCAUUAUGGAGGCCAAAUCCAGUCUCAAAAGGAACCCAGUUUUGCACAAAGAUCUGUUCAAAGUGUGUUCAGUCCAUUGCAGUCUCCACAUCAUGCAACACUUUCCUCUUCAAAAGAACCUCGUAAUAUUGUUUUGGGUGGAUCAAGUUUACCACCGAGCAGUGUAUUGGCUCAAUCUUCUCCUCAGUCAGAGCCGCCUUUAACCUCAUACUCAGGUUGUAAGGAUGAUCAUAUGGAGAACAUGUCUCAUAGUUUACCGGAGAGAAUUAAUCAAAACAAUUUUGAAGAAUUUGGAGACCAUUUGCAGCAUAAAUCAAAAGAUUCUGCCUUGCAAAUGCCUAGUUCAUUGUCAGAAUGGGUGACACCAAACGUGUGUACAGUGGACACCAUUCCUGCAAAAGCACCCGUGAACCACAUAGCAUUGAACAUUCAGAGAGUGAAAAACACUAGUAAAGUUUACAAGACCCAGAUUAAUGGUGCCUGUCCCAGGCUUAAUAGAACAGAUCAAAAACCGAUUGGGGGCAAGAAUCAAACACAGAAUCCAGUUCGCCGACCUGUCAAUAAUCAGCCAACUGGGCAACCAAGGCCAAAGGUUCAAGGUUCUGCUGACCUUGACCAAAGACAUUUGGUGACCAAUCAGAGGCAAGGUCAACAAGAGCAAAUGAGUAAAGUGCAGGAUCAAAGUGUAAAGGUUACUUCUCAUCCUGAUAAAGGUCCCAUGUCUGGUUCUGUUGUGACUAGUGGUCGCUAUGGUGGUGUUGGUAGCGAAAUUAAAACAAGUGUGGGUCAUCAGAACGAUGUUUCCAGUAGUCCUGGCUCCAGGAUGAGGUAUCAAGAUAAGGGUGUGGUGUAUUCUGGGCCUGAGUCACAGGGUUUUCCUUCAUCUUACAUGCGUCAGAGCUAUCACGAUUCAACCAUCAGCCCCCGAAUGUAUGAUCAUGAAGCUGUGAGCACACAAGUAGGUCAGAUAAGGUCACCAGAAUCUCUUGGAUACAGCUUCUCUCCACAACAGGAGAGAACAAGGGCUGGAGAUGUAGCACAAGAUGUUCAUGGCAUGGAGGGUGUUCGCAGCCAUCUUCAGAGCAUGCUGAGGCUCUCCAAUGAUGUCAUGAAAGCCGAGUCUGGGAAGUUUGACCACAGUGACACAGCCAGUCAGUUACUGAUGGACCAACCUCUCAACAGACAACUCAAGUUUGACACAAGCUCUUUCAUGGGGCCAAGAGUGCAAGAGGAGGUAUCAGAACUGUUUGAGAGCUUCCCCAACUUUUCUUCCAAGAUUUUCUCUGACUUGUCUGCCGCCAGUGUGGGACGUCAGGAGGGGUCAGUGCACAACGAGAACAUGUAUCUACGGGAGGUGAUGGAAAAGGAGCGAUACAGAAGAAAGCACUGUGAACAGCAUAUUCAACAGCUGAAUGCAAAGUUACUGGAGACACAGCAGCAGUUGGCGGUUGCCGUGUCAACAGACAAGAAGAAAGACAUCAUGAUAGAACAGUUGGACAAGCAACUGGCGAAGGUUGUGGAGGGAUGGAAGAAAAGAGAGAGGGAGAAAGAUGACUACAUGAAGCUCCUGUUGAAGGAAAAAACACAAAUAGAACAAAGUCUGAAGAACCAGCAAGAGAUGAUCAAUAACUUUGAGAGGGAGAUGGCGGAGACUGUGUCCGCACUGAAGAGGGAAAAGCAACACUCAGCCAUGGCAGUAGACAAUCUGAAACGAGAGCUAGAGACAAAGAGCAGAGAGAAGGUGCAGGCGGAGGAGGUGUUGGAGGGAGAGAGGGAGAGAGCCAGUCUGGUGAUGCAGGAGUGGGAACAGCUGAAGGAGGCGAGGGAACUGGCGGAGAACCGGGCACAGCAGCUGCAGGACCGGCUGCAUCAGGAGCAGGAUGAGUGGUACAAGCGGGAACAGGAGCUGCUGGGGAAGAUUGAUGAUGUGAAGGAGGCUAACCUCAAGGUCAUACAGAUGGAGAGGUUGAAGACGGAGGAGACAGAGCGAAGGGUGUCGGAGUUGGAAGAGAGGAACCGUUUGCUGGAGACGGAGAGCAAGAAACUCGACCUAGAGUUUGAUGAAGCCCGGAGAGAAAAGGAGAGUCUGAAGGUAGAGAUGGCUAUCCUGGAGGCCAAGUUUGAGAGCUCCCAGAGGAAGAUAGAGGCUGACCUGCACUCACAGAUGGAGAAGGAGAUAUCAGAGCAGGUGGGUGAGGUGCAUGAGAAGAUGGAGGAGGCAUUGGAGGAGUUGCAGGAGAAACACCGGCGCCAGGUGGCCGAGAUACACGGCCGGCACCAGAAGGACACGGAGCGGCAGAUGCAGCAGAUGCGGGACGAUGGCCGCAGGACGGAGGACAACUAUAGGCAGAAAAUACAGGAGCUGGAGGAGAGAUUAGAGGAGUACAGGAAUGAGAACUCCAGCCUGAAGCAUUCCAAACAGAAACUGGAGUCCCAGAGGAUGGAGAUUCUGACCAAGUUCCAGUACAUGAUGCAGAGCCAGUGGAAUGAGGCCGUAUCCCUGCUGGUCAACACUCCACAGAGGAAGUCUCAGCCAUUAAAUGGGUCAUUCGUGUCAAGUAUAUCCCAUGUAACCCAGAGUCAGGCAGCAAACCCACCUGGUCAUCUGAACCUGAGCAUUGUCCCCUCGAACCAGCCAAAGACUAGCAGCCCCAACAGGGAGGAGGAGGCACAUCCACCAGUCAGGCUGGAGGAGGGUGGGGUGGAGCAGCAUAGGGCGGCAGAGACCGACCGGGUGGAGGAAUACAUCAACAGUUUGCCAACCAGCAACAGUGCAGUUCAGCAAGGCAACCCGGACUUCCUUGUCUCAAGAGGCGGUGGGGCACACAACCAGUCCUUCUCAUCAGGGGCGUCCAGCAACCAACUCCAACGACAUCCCAAUGAUGUGGACACUGCUGGAACUGUUCUCCUUGACCCGAGACUACAAGGAAUGACAUUUCCUGAACUCAAUCUGAACGACAGUCUCUUACCUCACCUUCACAAUCAAGGGCUUCAGAUACCUCAGAACAUACAUGGCUAUUUGCUCAGCCAUGGUUCUGCCAAUCCAGCCAGUCAAAGUGUUCAUUUACAGACAUUAGCCAAUCAAAAUCAAGCAUUACUAAAUCUGGUCAGUCAGCCCGGUGCAGCAGUCAUGUUGCAACCCCCACAACAACAAAGUCACGUGUAUUCACAAGGUCAAGGUUGGGGUCAAGUGCCACCAUCACCAGCUAAGCACAGGAGUCGACGGAAGACACAGAAGUCCAAAGAGAGUCAAGUCAGGUCGGACUAUGAAGACUCUGAUGAUGACUCUGUGACUCCCCGUGGGGCGUACACACAUCCCGGUAUGUCCCCACCAGUGAAGCAGAGUCGCCAGUCCCAGGAGGAGGAGGGGUACAACCCUAGACACAUCCACAGGGAACCCAACACUGUAGACAGCCUCAGUGACACACUGGAGCAGACUGUCAGGUUGAAUGCUGACUACAGCCAGAUAGCGGACAGAGUGGCUGAACAUGAAUCCCGACAGAAUGAACUCCAGCACUAUAUCAAAAUGUUGCUUGACAGACCCCCAGGGGAUGUGACAGAAACCCCUGAACAUGACGUUCCUCUUGGCUCUGAUAUCCUCGAGACAUCCCGAGAAAUGACAGUAGAGCUGGACCUCAACGACACAGCACAGGCCGCUCAGCUCAACAGAGAACUCCGACGAUUGCAGCAGCUUCGAGACCAAGUGACUCAGAGAGACCGUCUGCUGGGUUCGCUGCCACCUGAGAGGGAUGAUGCACACCAAUCCUCUAACAGACAGGGUGGGUCUCGAGUGCUGGCCCCAGAGCAGCUAGCUGAGAUCUCACGGCUGCUGGAUCAGUACCGGGAGCAAGGGGACCAGCAUUCAGGGGAGGACUCUGUCAACAGACUGCUGCAGCUCCUUCAAGGACACACUCAACACUUCCCAGAACACACAGAAGGUGAACAGAAGAGUUCUACAAUGUCAGGGAAACAGUCACCGCGGUCGGGACGCAGGUUGAAAACAGUUGUCUCCGUCAACCAGAAGAAGCCUCCGACAGUCCGAGCUAACCCAGCAGCACAGGGCAAGGUGCUUGAUACCUCACAGACCAAGUCUGACUCCGGACAGUCUGCCAAGUCCCAGCCCCUGAAGAAAGUAGAGAGGAAGCUUGCUUGCAGCAAGCCGUCUCAAGCCAAGGGGAAAUCUUCAGCGUGGAAAUAAUAUUGAACACAACAAGAUUUUUACUGUAGCAGCCAGCUUAUUGAAUCUGUGAUAUGUGAAACUGUUAGCAUUAUGUGUACAUAUGUUUCAGCAGAGGUAAAACCUUCUGUAUGUGUGAUUAUUUAUUUCCCAAAGAUUUGUUUUUCCAUGUGGACAAUCUGAUGAUCAACUGGAUAUUGAACAUGUGGUAGUGGGGUCGCCCCAGACAGCUGAUGUUGGGAGUCACCUUGACCUUUGUACCUUUGUAUAUGCAACUAGAUUGAUUGAAUCUGGUUAUAUGUAGUUAUAUAAAAUCAAAUUCACCAAAUAGAUAGGUUGAAAAAUAAGGAGACUUUCUGAAAUUUUAAUUGCCUUGACAUGGUCUUUGGACACUUCAUGUGUUUUGAUAAUUUCUGAAUCCUGAGCUUGUUGCAAAUUGAUUUUGCAUUUCAGCAUUUGUACAAAAAUGACAAAUGUCAUGCCUCUCAAACUGUGUGCUAAAUGUAUGUUGAUAGCCAUGCAUUUUGAAAACUACAGCCAUGUAUUGUGAAAACUAUGUCAGAGUUUUGACUUCAUACUGACUUUUCGUUGCUAUGGAUGCCUUGGUCAGCAUUAUCAUGAUUAUCUCAGUUCUUUUCAUAACACUGAGAAACAAAUCCACCCCAGACAGACAUCGAGACAAGUGUGUUAGGAGUAGAUUAGCACAGCCUUUCAAUUACACUGCCCCUCCAGGCAGCAGUGAACUGACUGGCUGAACUGUUGUAUAUCUGUAUCUGUAUUUAGCCAGAAUGGAAUUCUCUGAUCACCCCCAACGUGAUAUAAAAGUUUGUUUUCAUCUUUGAUUACACUAUGAUUUCGCCAAUUCAAAGGGUCUAAGACAUUAUCGGUUUAGUAUGUAUAUUUCUGAAAUUGCGAGGAAUUAUUUGCAUCAUCCUUGAUGCUGUCAUUAUUUUUCCUAGAUAUUUUAUCGUGAAUAUUGGGUCAAAUAUUUCCAGGAUUUGUGUGCCAGGGCGAGAGUUGAUCAAUAUGGAAAUGUCCCUGUGCAUGGAAUGUUCCUGUGUAUUGUAAUCGUGAUGUUUAGUUCCUAUAGCUAGUUACAUCUUACCAAAGCAAAUAUUACAAACAUACGUCCUGACAUCUGUACACAAUGUGGUGUACACACUUUUGAACACAUGUACACACAUCUGUUUCUGAUUAGCAGUAAAUCUGAUUAAAAUAUAAGAUUUAUAGAGGAUACUAAACGACCUAUCGUGUAAUACCAUUUUUAUGAAACGAGUUAAUGAUAAUGAAAGCGAGUUUGAUACUAAAUCUUUCACGAGUUUAAUAGAAAUGGCA